GCCCGACACGGGGCUCGAACUCACGGACCGCGAGAUCGUGACCUGAGCUAAAAUUGGAAGCUUAACUGACUGAGCCCCCCGGGCGUCCCCAUGAAUUCUCAUUUCUAUUUAAAAUUUCUUACACGUGAACAGUGUUUCGCACUUUACAAAGUGUUUGCGUGUACAGUUUAUCAUUUGAUGCCCAAGGUGACCUUCCUGAAGUCGGCAAGGAGGUCUUAAUUUACAAAGGAGCAAAUAGAAAUCGAAAUUGAGGAAGGGUCAGUCAGCUGCAUCCCAGUCCAGAGUUCUUAAUCCUUUUUUUUUACAGAAGGUUUAGGAGACUUUAAAAUCAAUAAUAACUUAAUGCAACAUAAUUUUUUUUUUUUUUUGACUUGGUAUUUGAUCUCUUACUUGGUCCGAUUUAACUGAGGUUUUGAAGCUCGUUAAUUUGGAUCCCACACCUUGGAGACGAGGAGCAGGGGUAAGGAAGAAUGUAGCUUCACUACGCAUUUGACGUCAUUUGGAAAUUCACUUCAGCUCCUGAAGUCUCUUCCCGAGAGGGUGGAUUGAAAUUCAUUACAAGGGCCUGAGAAGAUUGGAGACUCGUGAAAUAGUCACUAACAAGAGCAAGUAAAGCAGCGAAGUUGGGACUUUUUUUCCUGCCUCGUGGCCUCUCCUCUUCGUGAGGACUGGACUUGUGUUUAUUGAGUUGCAGUGUUUCGCCGACAGUGGGUGCUGCGCCCUGUCUUGUGACGUUGAACGCUAUCUCGUGUCAAAGGAAGUAAGCUGUGAUAUCAUAGAGGAUUCACUUGGAACUCUGCGGGGUGCUGGCUGACGGUGAUGAGAUGCCCACCGAGACAUGAAGAUUUCAGCUGCUGGUCUCAUCCUUGGGAGCCUGGUGUUAGCCUUCUCUCUGCCUUUGGUGGUGGCUUUGCCAAAAACACUGGCCAUCCCUAAGAAGCUGCAAGAAGCCGUGGGGAAGGUCGUUGUCAAUGCCACAACCUGUACUGUCACCUGUGGCCUUGGCUACAAGGAAGAGACAGUCUGCGAGGUGGGCCCUGACGGUGUGAGAAGAGAGUGUAAAUCUCAGCGCUUGGAAUGUCUGACCAACUGGAUCUGUGGAAUGCUCCAUUUCACCAUUCCCAAAGGGAAGGGAUUUGAGCUCAGCUGUCUGAGUUCAGACAUCCUGGAGAUUGGGCAGGAAGCAUUCCGGUUCACCUGGAGACUUGCUCGGGGUAUCAUCUCUACUGAUGAUGAGAUCUUCAAACCCUUCCGAGCCAGUACCUACUUUGUGAGGUUUCCCUCUGUUCAGGAGUACGACUCUGGGACAUACCGGUGUGAUGUGCAGCUGUUAAAAAACUUGAGACCUGUCAAGAGACUCUAUUUUGGGCUGCGGGUCCUUCCCCCUGACUUGGUGAACCUGAAUUUCCAUCAGUCCCUUACCGAGAAUCAGAAGUUAGUUGAUAAGGGCCUAGAAGUGAAUCUAGACAACCAGUCCGAGCCUCACCGCCCACGGUGGAAGAAGAAGGUGGCUGUAGCCUUGGGAAUAGGAGUUGUCGGUGGAGUGGCUGGUGGUGUAUUGAUGGCCAUUGCUCUGGGCUUUGGGCUGAGGGUGGUCUAUAGAAGUGCUGGCCUUGAGUCCUUAAAAGCCCUGAAGGACUGGCUGCCCAGGACCCUGGACUGGCUGUUUAGGAAGCCAAGCUAGCUCUUCAAAGGAUUGUCUGGCUGAGUGAUUGUGGCUCAGCCAGGAGGGAGGGCUUCCACUGCCAAAAGUGAGUGGGGCCUGGGGACAGGGGCAACACCAUGGUAGCGUGAUGGGCAGUGCUCUGCCUCUCCGUGUCCCAGGUGGAUCUCUUCCUGAUCUUUCCUGCCCACGUGGCACCUGGGAAGCCCGAGUGUAGGCCCCUCCCCUGUCCCGGGAAGAAGAUUCUGUCUUCAAGCUCGCAGUCAUUAUCUUUCACAAUUUGAGGCCUCUCUACCUCCAUCCCUUCCUCUGAGUGGUAUAAUCACAUAAAGGAUAUAUUAAUAGCUUUUCUAGUGGAAACCUUUUUUUCCUCUUCAAUAAAAAUAACUCACAGUGGCUGUGUAUA